AAUGUCCUUAAGUUCCUCCCUGAGGGCACGACCCUGGUGCAUGCCCUGGUCAUCUUGGUUUUCUCCUUGAAUCUCAAUGUGAGCUCUGACUUGGCCAAGGCCAUGACCAGGGCUGCACGGUCUCCUGGGCAGUACAGUCAGUCAUUCCACUUCAAGUAUCUGCACUACUACCUCACCUCAGCCAUCCAGCUGCUGAGGAAAGACAGCUCUACAAAGCACGGCAGUCUGUGUUACAAGGUAUACCACAGGAUGAAGGAUGGGAACAUUGACGCCAGUGUAGGGUCCACCAUCCGAUUCGGCCAGUUCCUCUCUGCCUCCCUGCUAGAGGAAGAGACGCAGGCGUCUGGAAACCACACCUUGUUUACUAUCUUCACUUGUCUGGGUGCCUCUGUGCAAGACUUCACUCUCAGGAAGGAAGUCCUGAUCCCCCCCUAUGAGUUAUUUGAAGUCAUAAGUAAGAACUACACUUCCAAAGGACAUCUGAUAAACUUGUGGUCUGCUGGGAACAUGAGCGCGUAUGACUGCCAGCUGCUAAAAGGUUGUGGUACAGGAAACAGAGGUAUUCUGAAAACGAAGCCAGGCAGAAAUGGCUACAAACCAGAUGGGCAGAGGGACCCAGCGGAGACCAGCAAACCCUGUGGCUCAUCACAUUCCACCAGAAGCUUCCAGAUGAGCCCAGAUGAAAAGCCCUCCAACAAUACUCCUGAGCAACGGAGGGACACAAACUCGGAGAUCCAACGAGAGACUUGCUGAAAUAUGGCUCAGAGUGACUUCCUCUACCCACAAAACCCACGGAGGCGACAGGAAGUGAACCGCCUUCACCAGCAGCUGC